UGUCAGAGUGGCAGUUCGAUUGGCGAAUAAUUCGAAAUCACAAUUUCAAUGUGGUCUGCAAACUCCACAGUACCAUGCCUAGAGUGUGUACAGGUAUGUGUGUAUAGACAAAGAUAUCAUACAUAGACGAAGAGGAACAGAGAGACAGAGAGUCAUGGCUUCAGUCUCAGAGACACAAACUCCAUUAUUCAUUCCAGAGGAGUGGUGCGACGCUGCGGACACCAUAGCAUACGAUUCAAUCACUUCGCCGCCUCCGAUUGCCUUCAUUUGCGGCGCCAAAAAUAGCGGCAAAACCACCUUCUCCCGCUACCUCCUCAACGUUCUCCUUAAAAGAUACAAAAAAGUAGGUUACUUGGAUACAGAUGUUGGGCAGGCAGAGUUUACUCCUCCUGGUUGUUUAUCACUGACUGUAAUUGACGAAAUAACUCCAGAUUUGGCAAUUCCUUGCCUGAAAACGCCUGAGAGAUGCUUUUUCUUUGGAGAUAUUUCCUCAAAAAGGGAUCCAACAUCAUACGUGACAUAUAUAUUUGCCCUAUACGACUACUAUCAGAAAGAACUCUGCACGUCUGAUAAGAGCGGAAGCCCUGGUAACACCGGCUUGCCCCUUGUCAUUAAUACACCUGGCUGGGUGAAAGGUAUUGGCUAUGACAUGCUGGUGGAUAUGUUGAAAUAUAUUUCUCCUUCCCAUGUAGUUAAGACAUGCAUAUCUGCUGAGAGUAAGAAUCUACCGGCUGGGGCAUUCUGGUUGGAUCAGGAAGUUGAUGCGGCAGUGACACUUAUUGAGGUCAAUUCAGCUCGUCAGGAUUCUUUCAAGAGAGUGGUUCUGGCACAAAAAGAUGCACGCCUUCUGCGGGAUUUGCGUAUGAUAGCUUAUUUCAGGCAGUGCUUUCCAAGUGACUUAGAUAUCUUGACGAUUAAGAGACUUGCUGAUGCAUUGGCUGCUCACCCUCCUUAUGAAAUUCCAAUGUCAAGGAUCAAGAUUAAACAUCUCCAUUGCCAGGUCCCAAGCGCUGAAUUAUUCUGCAGUUUGAAUGCAACCAUUGUUGGCUUGGCAGUUAGUUCUGGAGAUCCUGAGCAUUUGCCUUCAUGUGUUGGUUUAGGAAUAGUAAGAGGCAUCGACACUUUCAAACGUUUACUCUCCAUCAUUACCCCUGUUCCACCGAACACUCUGGAAAAGGUUGAUCUUUUACUACAGGGGUUUAUCAAAAUUCCUGAUUGUUUGUCGCAGGUGCAGGAAUAUGUCUCACCUUUGCCCACAAACUAGCGGAUUCCAGUUGCUGAUAUUCAAAAACUUUUGCCAAGUCUCUCUACAGUUGAUUAACUAACUACAGAUUUAACAAACAAAAUGAAUUAUAUCAGAUAUAUAUACAUGUUUGUAACACAUGGCAUAUAGUUGAUUAGAUAUGCUAUUAAUUCGGGACCUGGUGUUUCUGAAUAUUUUACAGGGUUUACUUAAUACUGGAAACGAUGUGCUAUAAAUUGAUGCAAGACCAUAAUCACUGGGUUGUUUAACUGUGAUUACUUAUUAUUACAUUUCGGGAUACGAAAUUUGGUUGCUCUUGAACAAUUAUGGUAGUUGGUGUGUUUUAUCUUA